AUACUAGGACUAUCAAAAGUCUUUACAGGCUCAGUGGCAAACUAUUAAGUCACAUUUCUCUCCUCAAACAGUGCAAUUGAAGCUAAAUCAUGCUGGCAACCAGGACUUUGCUGUCAAAACAAACACUGGCUGUUCUUUCUCGCCAGCCUGCCUGCUUUGUUCACCACGGUGACUAUGGCAACUGGGGGAACACCAAUAUUGCAGUGGUUUUCUCAGGAUGUGGCUGGUGGGAUGGGACUGAUGUCCAUGAGGGAGUAUACACCAUGUACCACCUGAGCCGUAACGGUGCUCGCUUCCAGAUGUUUGCUCCAAAUCAGCAGCAAAUGCAUGUGAUGGACCACAUGAGAAAGCAGCCUGCCACAGGCGAGAAUCGGAACAUGAUGACGGAGUCGGCUCGCUUCAGUCAUGGUCAAGGAAUGAUGCAAAUGCAAGACCUGUCCAAGCUGGAUGUCAACAGCUUUGAUGCUGUCAUCUUUCCUGGAGGCCAUGGUGUCACCAAGAAUCUAUCCUCUUUUGUGAAGGAUGGCAAAGACUGCAAGCUGCAUAGUGAUGUGGAAAGGGUGCUUAAAGAUUUCCACCGUUCACGUAAGCCAAUUGGACUGGCCAGCAUGGCUCCUGUGCUGGCCUGCCGUGUGCUGCCCAACAUCGAGGUGACCAUGGGCUAUGAGAGGGACGACAGCACUCGCUGGGGGAACUGGCCUCACACAAACAUGGUGCAGGCUGUGAAGAGCAUGGGCGCUCGUCACAAUGGCCGUGAGCCAUAUGAAGCCUAUGUGGAUGAGAAGAACAAAGUGGUCAGCACCCCUUCCUUCAUGUGGGAAACAGAGUAUCACUAUCAUUAUAUAUUUGAUGGCAUUGGAAAUAUGGUAAAACAUGUCAUGCGUAUGUCAACCAAGUGAUGUGACAUUUAAAGCCUGGAAAAGAAAUAGAAGAAGUUGGUGUUGAUGUAUAACAUACACCUCUGUAUUGUGAUGAAUUCUUACCUGAAACAAUAUAAAUGCUUUAGUUAAAGAGCAAA